CGCGGGGAGGGCGAGGCGGGUCCCCCGUUCCUGCUUCCGGACGGUUCGGCGGUCGCAGGUGGUUACUUCGCGGUGUACGAUCCUCGCGCUCCCACGUCCGUCCGGAGACCCGGGCCCGAAGGGCUGCCUGGGCCUCGUGUCAGGGUGCUGCCCGCGGACGGCGCGGAGCCGGGGGAGGCCCUGCCGCCGGCUAUCCGCGCAUCUUCUCCGGGGCCGUGAGCCGUGUCCGCACAGCGCCCGGUGGGGGAGGAGCCCGAGCAGCCCGAGGCCGAGGCGGAGAUGGCGGCCGCCCAGGUGAGGGAACUGCUGACCUUCGGGGACGUGGCCGUCCGGUUCUCGCAGGAGGAGUGGGAAUGCCUGGCGCCCGCCCAGCGGGCCUUGUACAGGAGCGUGAUGCAGGAGAACUACAGCAACCUGGUCUCUGUGGGGACUGUUGACCUUCGGGGACGUGGCCGUCAGGUUCUCCCAGGAGGAGUGGGAAUGCCUGGCGCCUGCCCAGCGGGCCUUGUACAGGAGCGUGAUGCAGGAGAACUACAGCAACCUGGUCUCUCAGUUUCUUCUCAUUCCAAAACAGCCUUGUUACCCCAGCAUGCCAUAAAAGACUCCUUCCAAAUAGUGCUACCUGGAAGAUCUGGGAGCUGUGUCCAUGGACAUUUACACCUAAGGGCACGCUGGAAAAGUGAGGCUGAGCAUGGAGGGCAGGACGGCCAUCACGGAGGAGUGGAGAGCCACGGGAGGAGCCCCCGGGACAAGCCCGUCCCUGUCUGUGGGGACCUGCAUCCUGGGGUGACUCAGGACACAACCCAGUGCAAGUCAGUUACUGUUGCAGAACAGUAUGUUACUGUGAAUAAAUGUCAUCAUCCAGUUUUGAAACCUAAAUUAUCUCAGAAAGAAAACUUGGAAAAUCUUAAAAUUGAGGACUGCCAUUGUGUAAAUAAUCAUUUCAACCAUUUUAAAUAUAGCAGUACAUUAGAUAUUCAGUCAUAUAAUCCUCAGGACCAACUAUACAAUGAAGAAAAAAUGUACAAAUAUGUUGAAAUUGAAAAUACCUUAAAAAAGGAUUCAUUUUUCUUCCAUGAACCAGUAACGCCCACUCAUGCUAAAACCUACAGAUUUGAUAACUAUCAGAGAGACUCUCUCCACCCAACAUUGCUUAGUGAAUGUCAGUGUCUGGACGGUGAAGAAGAACCUUCCACGUAUAAUAAAAACAAGCAGGUCUUUAGUAAGUGCUCUAAAUUAAAUAAUUGCCAAGGUAUUUACAUUAAAGAGAGAACACAUCAAUCCACAGAACCUGAAAUAAAUUAUAACAGAGGAUCAAUUCAUAGAGAACAUCAGAGAGCUCAGAUUCCAGAACACCACUACCCAUGUAGUAAAUGUGGACAAGUCUUCGAGGAAUGGUCAGACUUUAUUGUGCAUCAGGGAAUCCACAUUGGAGAGAAGCCUCCCAGAUCCAAAGGAUGUGGGAAAACAUUCAAACGUUUCCCAAAAGUGAUUAAGCAUCACAGAAUUCACACUGGUAAGAAAGCUUGCAAAUGUAAAGACUAUGGGAAAGCCUUUAGUGAAUCUUCCCGUUUAAAUAGUCAAGAGAGAAUCCAUCCUGGAAAGCAACCGUACCAAGGUAAAGAAUGCGGGGAGUCCUUAACUUGUUCCUCAGUUCUUACUGUGAAUGAGAGAAUCAAUACAGGAGAGAAACCUUACAAGUGUGAAGAAUGUGACAAAUCCUUUAAGUGGGCCUCACACCUUACUCGGCAUCAGAGAAUUCAUUCUGGUCAGAAACCUUACAAAUGUAGAGAAUGCAGGAAGUCCUUUGCUUGUCCAUCAAGUCUCACUGUGCACCAGAGAAUUCAUACAGGAGAGAAGCCUUACACGUGUAAAGAAUGUGGCAAAGCCUUUAAGCAGGGCUCACAACGUUCUCGACAUCAGAGAAUUCAUACUGGGCAGAAACCUUACAAAUGCAAAGAAUGCAGCAAAUCCUUUACUUAUUCCUCAUAUCUUACUGUGCAUCAUAGAAUUCAUACAGGUGAGAAACCUUACAAGUGUAAAGAAUGCAGUAAAUCGUUUACUUGUUCCUCAAGUCUUAAUGUGCAUGGGAGAAUUCAUACUGAAGAGAAGCCUUUCAAGUGUAAGGAAUGUGGGAAAGCCUUCAAGGGGGCCAAACUACUUAAUCGACACCAGAUAGUUCAUUCGGGACAGAAACCUUAUAAAUGUACAGAAUGCAGCAAAUCCUUUACUUGGUACUCAAAUCUUACUGUGCACUAUCGAAUUCAUACUGGAGAGAAGCCUUACAAGUGUAAAGACUGUGGCAAAGCCUUUAAGCGGGGCUCACACCUUAAUCGGCAUCAGAGAAUUCAUUCUGGAGAGAAGCCUUACAAGUGUAAAGAAUGCAGCAAGUCCUUUACUUGCUCCUCAAGUCUCACUGCACAUAAUAGAAUUCAUACUGGAGAGAAGCCUUACAAGUGUAAGGAAUGUGGAAAAGCCUUUAAGUGGGGCUCACACCUUACUGAACAUCAGAGAAUUCAUUCUGGAGAGAAACCUUUCAAGUGCAAAGAAUGCAACAAAUCCUUUACUUGUUCCUCAAGUCUUUCUGUGCAUCACAGAGUGCAUACAGGAGAGAAGCCAUACAAGUGUAUGGAAUGCAGCAAAUAUUUUACUUGUUCCUCAAGUCUUAGUGUGCAUGAGAGAAUUCAUACAGGAGAGAAGCCUUACAAGUGUAAAGAAUGUGGAAAAGCCUUUAAGCGGGACUCACAUCUUUAUCGGCAUCAGAGGAUUCAUUCUGGACAGAAACCUUAUAAAUGUACAGAAUGCAGCAAAUCCUUCACUUCUUCCUCAAAUCUUACUGUGCAUCAUAGAAUUCAUACAGGAGAGAAACCUUACAAGUGUAAAGAAUGUGGGAAAGCCUUUAAGCGACGCUCACACCUUACUCGGCAUCAGAGAAUUCAUUCUGAACAGAAACUUAACAAAUGUAAAGAAUGCAACAAAUCCUUUUCCUCACAUGUUAUUGCACAUGAGAGAUUUCAUACAGAAGAGAAGCCUUACAAGUGUAAGGAAUGUGGCAAAGCCUUUAAUUGUUCCUCAGGUCUUUCUGUGCACCAUAGAAUUCAUACAGGAGAGAGACUUUACAAGUAUAAAGAAUGUGGUACAACCUUUUCUCUGAGCUCAUGUCUUAUUACACAUCAGAGAAUUCAUUGUGGACAGAAAACUUACAAAUGUAAAGAAUGCAGCAAAUCCUUUACUUCUCCCUCAAUUCUUAAUGUGCAUGAAGUUCGUACUGGAGAGUAGCUUUACAAUUGCAAGGAGUGUGGCAAAGCCUUUAAGCUGAACACGGCACACAUUCUGCCCCACAACUCAAGUCUUAAUGUGCAUGGGAGAAUUCAUACUGAAGAGAAGCCUUUCAAGUGUAAGGAAUGUGGGAAAGCCUUCAAGGGGGCCAAACUACUUAAUCGACACCAGAUAGUUCAUUCGGGACAGAAACCUUAUAAAUGUACAGAAUGCAGCAAAUCCUUUACUUGGUACUCAAAUCUUACUGUGCACUAUCGAAUUCAUACUGGAGAGAAGCCUUACAAGUGUAAAGACUGUGGCAAAGCCUUUAAGCGGGGCUCACACCUUAAUCGGCAUCAGAGAAUUCAUUCUGGAGAGAAGCCUUACAAGUGUAAAGAAUGCAGCAAGUCCUUUACUUGCUCCUCAAGUCUCACUGCACAUAAUAGAAUUCAUACUGGAGAGAAGCCUUACAAGUGUAAGGAAUGUGGAAAAGCCUUUAAGUGGGGCUCACACCUUACUGAACAUCAGAGAAUUCAUUCUGGAGAGAAACCUUUCAAGUGCAAAGAAUGCAACAAAUCCUUUACUUGUUCCUCAAGUCUUUCUGUGCAUCACAGAGUGCAUACAGGAGAGAAGCCAUACAAGUGUAUGGAAUGCAGCAAAUAUUUUACUUGUUCCUCAAGUCUUAGUGUGCAUGAGAGAAUUCAUACAGGAGAGAAGCCUUACAAGUGUAAAGAAUGUGGAAAAGCCUUUAAGCGGGACUCACAUCUUUAUCGGCAUCAGAGGAUUCAUUCUGGACAGAAACCUUAUAAAUGUACAGAAUGCAGCAAAUCCUUCACUUCUUCCUCAAAUCUUACUGUGCAUCAUAGAAUUCAUACAGGAGAGAAACCUUACAAGUGUAAAGAAUGUGGGAAAGCCUUUAAGCGACGCUCACACCUUACUCGGCAUCAGAGAAUUCAUUCUGAACAGAAACCUAACAAAUGUAAAGAAUGCAACAAAUCCUUUUCCUCACAUGUUAUUGCACAUGAGAGAUUUCAUACAGAAGAGAAGCCUUACAAGUGUAAGGAAUGUGGCAAAGCCUUUAAGUUGAUCUCACUCUGUACUGAAUAUCAGAAUUAAUUCUUCACAGAAACCUUGCAAAUGUAAAGAAUGCAUCAAAUCCUUGUUCCUCAGGUCUUUCUGUGCACCAUAGAAUUCAUACAGGAGAGAGACUUUACAAGUAUAAAGAAUGUGGUACAACCUUUUCUCUGAGCUCAUGUCUUAUUACACAUCAGAGAAUUCAUUGUGGACAGAAAACUUACAAAUGUAAAGAAUGCAGCAAAUCCUUUACUUCUCCCUCAAUUCUUAAUGUGCAUGAGAGUUCGUACUGGAGAGUAGCUUUACAAUUGCAAGGAGUGUGGCAAAGCCUUUAAGCUGUGCUCGAGCCUCUCUGCACACCAGAAAACUCAUAUUAAUUGAAAGUUGAUAGACCCACUCAUAUAGGAAUGAGUUUUGUGUAUACUGUAAAUAUAGGGUAAUGAAGAUUUUCAGAUGGGAGAAAGAAAAAAAUCUCCAAAUGGAAGACCAUGGCAAAGCUGUCAACAGUUCCUUACAUAUUGUACCUAAGAAAAUAUAUAGUAGAGAGAAAACAUACCAGUAUGAUUAAUAUGGAAACACCAUUGUCCAAGACACAACACAGUAAAAACUUGACAAUCGUCAUAAUGGAAAGUAAUGUACAGGUGCAACAUGUUAAAAAUUAUUUAAGUGAAAAUCUAACCAGGGAAGUUUUUUGUAAGAAAGCACUAAGACACCAACUUUUUUGAGGUUACUCUCAGAGUAUUUGUUAUAAAAAUGAUCCGAAUUAGUAGCAAUCAGAUAACUGACUUGGUACUUUGUGUUAAUCUAGAAAGGGUUGUAUUUUGGAUGAAAUAUAGUGCCCUCCGCCCCCACUCCAGAUGCCGGUUGCCAGCCCCAGACACUUAACCUGCACUUCUGAUCUGCCGGCUACAAUUUGAGGUUCCCUCGUCUCCCCUUUCGGGUUGAUUAAUUUGCUAGUGUGGCUCACAACAGAGGAAAACACUUAUGUUUACCAAUUUAUUGAAGGAUAUCAUAAAGGGUACAAGUUAACACAGAUGAAGAGCUAAUAGGGUCAGGUCCUAAAUAAAGAAGCUUCUAUCCUCAUGGAGUUGGGGGGCUAGCUCAGUGACAGGAAGGCAUUUGGGUUCCCCAAGCUUAGAAGCUCUCUCAGACUGAAGGCCAGGACCCGAGAGAGGAGACAGCUACAAGCGCGUGCGGAUUUUCGUGAGGGCUUCCUUCUAUCGUCAUGAUUGGCUAAAUUGGUGACCAUUGUCCGGGCAGCCUCCAGCCCCUGUCCUUGGGUCCAAAAGUCUCAUUGUCUCAUUAACAUGACAAAACACCCGUUUCACCUUUUAAGACUGCCUUAUUUUCAGUAACUGUGGAUGAAGACCAAAUAUACUUGGGAAAUACAUAUUUGUUGAUGUGACUAACCAAAUAUGUAUUUCUUACCACUCAUUAUAUCACAGUUUUCAAAUACAGAUUCCUUUCAGCAAAAUGAUCAUGCCUGUCGGAGCACGUACGUCUGGUAUGGUAUUUACACAGUGGAGCAGUAGGACCAGUGCAAGUAGGCUUAGCAUUUACUGAAGCCAGUGUGGGGUGGGGACAGUUUUAAAGAGGCAACUCAUUUGUCCUAUAAAGACUUAUGACCAAAUAUUCUCCCAGAGCGAUGUAUCUCCAGCUUGCAGGCUGUCGGUCAACACUGUCGUGUUCCCAAAGGCAGAGGUCAUCUUGACCCACACAGCGUCACCCCUCUGGGCGUCUGGCAUGCUUUUGCUAAGAGAACAGUUCUUGUUGGCGUUUGGUGCCUGACAGUGCCAGAGGAAUAUGUCUGGAUUCAGCCCAUCUCUGCACUGCUGCAGCCACGUGUCCUGGACCCUGUUGGUCACCUCGUGGGAGCGCACCCACAGGUCUGCUUGAUCCCAGUCACCUGAUCCUGGAAGGGGGUUCCUGUGAUGGGCAUUGACGUGCUGUGAUUUAAAUUCCCAGAGUGAUUUCUGUCGGGCUGCACCCGCACAGGCAUUCUUUAAUAGCCCCCUUUUCUCUUGCCCAUCUACGUGACCAUGUAACCAAGCCAUUACUUACAGCCUGCGAGUCAGUAAAAAAAUCUAAACAAGGA